GGCCAAUUAGGGCUAGGCAAAUAGGUGACCUAAUUUCCGUCGCGUCGAAUUGUAUGCAACGGCCCGCGAUUGCUAUUAAGACAUUUCUCGACCAACGCGCAGCUUUCCAAACCCAAUUCACCUUCCAAUUACUCGAAAAUCCCAUUUCCGAACCAUACCUCACAUACACAACAAUAUGUCCUUCCUAGCCCGCCGCGCCACGGCCGCCGUCCCGAGCCUUGCCCGCUCCUUCAGUGCUUCUGCUCGUCGAGAUAUUGCCAAGAUCACACUCGUCGGUAACUUAGCUGCGACUCCCGAGCUCAAGGCGACCAGCACCGGCCGUGAGCUCGUUGAAUACGCCGUCGCCAGCAACCGCGGUCCCCAAGAUAACCGUCAAACUAGCUGGUUCCGAGUUACUGCUUUUGUCGAGGAGGGACCCCGUCGAGAUUUCUUGACUAGCUUGCCUAAGGGAGCUACGGUCUAUGUGGAUGGAGAUGCCGCCAUAAACCUUUACACUGACUCUGAGGGCAAAACACGAUCCGCCUUGAAUAUUACCCAAAGGAAUAUCGAGGUCCUCCGCCGACCAAGCCAAGCCCCCAGCGAGUAAACGGACGGAUAUAUACUAUGUAUGCGGAACCGGCGGCCGAAGCUAUGUUGACCUGACCAACACAUAUAAACGCUUUGGAUCAGAGCUCUCCACUAUUGCAAAUCUCUUAUGUAUACCUAGGUAAUGAGGGGACUGUUCUUGGGGGACGAUACUGUAUGAUAUUAUGUUGAGACUUGAUACCAAUACCGCUUCUUUACUUCCACUGGAAAUCUGCUUCAAAGUGUUGGCUAUUGUGUGAUUUAGACUCCUCGGGGCUUGAAAGCAAAGUUAAUACUUUGCGAGGUUAGUUGCUCACAUAUUCAGGAGAGGGGAAUCAAGAGCAUUGCUAAUGGCGGUGAAUAAAAAAUCAAUAUGCAGAUUUA